AUGCAGUCAGCAAAUGCCAGCAGCCCGAAAGUACCCGUAGGUACCUUCGUGGAAUUUCAAGUCGUUGUUUUAACGAAUGAUGAAAACCACUUCGCGAGUGAUUUGUGUGAAGGGACAUGCAAGGGACUUAUAAAGAUAAGCAAUCGCUGCAUGAUCUACUUCAUCCUGAGGAACAUCAUUGAGCAAAAGUUAAAAUACAUUACCAUCCUUGUGAAUAGCAAGUACUACAAUGAGAUGGUCAGUUACGUUAAUGAGGCAUUCCCAGAUAACUACAAGGCGGACAAUAAGAAGGGCCUCGACGGCUACUGCAUUGACGUGGAGCCCUACACCUCCAGCAACAACGAGGAGUUGGGGCCAGUCCAGUGCCUCCUGCAGAUGCGCCACAAGAUAAAGUCUGACUUUAUCGUGGUUAACUGUGACAUUAUGGGAUUCGUGGACUUCCAUUCUUUGGCCAACCUGUUUCGCGGCGAAAAUGCCAUUUGCGCGCUUCUGCUCCUGGAGGAGAAUCAAGCAUACAACGAGACGAAGAAACAAAAAAGCCACGACGAUAUACUAAACCUAGAAAAUAAUAUAUGGGUAUGCAUUGACAAGAACAGCAAGGUCGUGAGUAUAAAGGAUUCACUUUCCAUGAAGCAGAGUGGGAGGUUCAAGAUCAGUAAAAUAAAUUUGACCGCACAUCGCAAUUUUAUUUUGAAGACGGACCUGCUGGACAGCCACGUGUACAUUUUUAAAAACUACGUCCUCGACAUUAUGGAGCGGAAGAGCGCCUUCACGAGCAUCAAGUACGACCUCAUACCCUACCUGAUCAAAAUUCAGAACACACGUAGGGCAGCAGAGUACUACGCCAAGUCUGAGUUCAAAUUUAACAUGUACAAAACGUUAAUAAAUAAAUACGAAAAGGGAGAGGACAACGAAGAGGUGGAACAGAAGGAGGGCGGCACCCCUUUUCUGUCUUCCCCUCUCUCACACCAGGAGAACAUAGAAAGUGUUGUGUGUUACGUGCAGCCCAAGUCCAAUGGGUUCUGCCAGAGGAUCAACAGCCUACCAAACUUCAUCAAGGCCAACAUGCUGUUCUGCGUCUCCAGACACGAGCAGCUGAAGAACGUCCUGCCCCCCUACUGCUUCUUCCUAAUGAGUGACAAAAACCAGUCGUACAAGGACUGCAUAAUAAGUAGCCACUUUGAGCACGAGGAAAAUGUCACUCUUAAAAAGUCAGUCCUGGGCAAAAACGUAAAAAUAAAAAAAAACUCCUCCGUUAACAGAAGUAUCUUCAUGGACAACAUAACCAUCAGUGAGAACUGCCACAUACAGAACUCUAUCAUUUGUAAAAAUGUUUUAAUCGAGGACAAUUGUAAGCUGGUUGACUGCAUAGUAAGGGAAAACAGCGUCAUUGAAAGAAAUGGCAUCUUCGAGAAGGAAACCCUACCCCUAUUUAUCUCCUAG